AUGGCAGACGAGACCAGAAUAUCGCCAUACAAUGUCUCUGACGAUGCCCUGCAAAACUACCUGAACGGCCUCAAGUUCCGCCAAUCCCACUGGUACACCGACGUGAAGCUCGCUCUAGGAUAUACCGCUGUCAUCAUCGCUGCCGUCACCUUCGCCCUGGACUACAAAUAUGGCUUCGAAGCUACAAAACAAUUCACUACAGCCGCUGUCGUUGUCUACUUUCUCCUGAACGGUGCCUUUACCUACUGGAUCUGGCAGGUCGAGAACGGUCUCAUCUACGUCGGUGCUUGGAAAGGUCGCAAGGUGAGCCACUGCUAUACUUCUAUACCGCUUUCGUUCAAUCAGCUGACUCUUCCAAACAGANUCACCAUCUCGACCCGCACAGACAAGUUCGAGCCUAUCUACAGACUCAGCGUCACAUACCACCCUUCGUCACUCAACACCAUUCCUCCUGUCAGCAAAGAGAUCUCGGCCCCUUUCAUGCAGUGGUUUACCGCCGAUGGCUUCUUCGUUGCUGCUCCUUUCCAACAAUGGCUUGCUACAAACAUCGACAUGGUUGGUGACGCUGAUCCAAAGAACGUUCUCGACGAGGCUGCCGGUGUAGUCACUGCUCAGUCAGUCCAACCUGAUGGUCUCAAGGAUCUGCUGAAUGUCAUCAAGACUGGUCCUCCUCCUGCUGCCGCUCCCAGGAAGAGGGGUUAG